UUUGAUGCACAACUGCCUCUGUGAGGGAAAGUAGCACUCUCUCUCAAAAGAAUGCAUGCUUUUGACAUGAGAGGGCAGAAAGAGAGUUGAUUGGGUGUCCUGCUCAGUAAUUUGUAAAUGUAGUUCCUCGGAGACUAAAGUACAUAAGAGUGGACAUUCAGUACUUCCUGGAAGCCAGCACACAGGCAGAGACAUUGGAGGUGGAGAGCAGGAGAAGUGCACAUUUGGACAGCCAGAAAUUCAUUUGUGUCACAUCUCAUCAAAUCUUCUACAUCAAACUGCAUCAUGUUAAAAAACAUUCUACUGUUGUCUCUUCAGAUGAGUCUCGUGGGAAUCACUCUUGGUGGAAAUGUUCUGAUUUGGCCAGUGGAAGGUAGUCAUUGGCUAAAUAUUAAGAUAAUUAUAGAUGAGCUGAUUAAAAAACAGCAUAAUGUGACUGUCCUGGCUUCUUCUGCUUCACUUUACAUCAAGCCCAUCCAUACUCCAUCUCUGACAUUUGAAGUAUAUAAGGUGGCCUUUGGCCCAGAAAUAACUGCAGAAGUGAUCAGGAGCUUUGUUUUGACCUGGUUGGAAAAUAGACCAUCCCCUUCAACCAUUUGGAGAUUCUAUCAUGAAAUUGGCAAAGUCUUAGAGGACUUCCACAAGAUGUGUAGAGAAAACUGUGAUGGUGUUCUCAAAAACCAAAAGCUGAUGGAAAAGCUGAAGAAAAGCAAAUUUGAGGUAUUGGUAUCAGAUCCAGUAUUUCCUUGUGGUGAUAUAAUAGCUUUAAAACUUGGAAUUCCAUUUAUGUACACCUUGAGGUUUUCUCCAGCAUCGACAGUGGAAAAACACUGUGGGAAAACACCAUACCCUCCUUCCUAUGUUCCUGCCAUUUUAUCAGAACUCACUGACCAGAUGCCUUUUACUGACAGAAUAAGAAAUUUCAUCUCCUACCAUCUACAGGACUACAUCUUUGACAGUCUUUGGAAAUCAUGGGAUUCCUACUAUAGUGAAGCUUUAGGAAAACCCACUACAUUAUGUGAGACUAUGGGGAAAGCAGAAAUUUGGCUAAUGCGGACAUAUUGGGAUUUUGAAUUUCCUCGUCCAUACUUACCUAAUUUUGAGUUUGUAGGAGGACUGCAUUGUAAACCUGCCAAACCAUUGCCUAAGGAAAUGGAAGAAUUUGUCCAAAGUUCAGGUGAACAUGGUUUUGUGGUGUUUACUCUGGGUUCAAUGGUCAAAAACCUCACAGAAGAAAAAGCCAGUCUCAUUGCCUCAGCCCUUGCUCAGAUUCCACAGAAGGUUUUAUGGAGAUACACAGGAAAUAUACCAACCACAUUAGGAGCCAAUACCCGACUCUAUGAGUGGAUGCCCCAGAAUGAUCUUCUUGGUCAUCCCAAAACCAAAGCUUUUAUCACUCAUGGUGGAACAAAUGGAAUCUAUGAAGCCAUUUAUCAUGGGGUUCCUAUGGUAGGAGUUCCCAUGUUUGCUGAUCAGUAUGAUAACAUUGCUCACAUGAAGGCCAAAGGAGCGGCUGUGGAAGUGAACAUAAACACAAUGACAAGUGCAGAUUUGCUCAAUGCCUUGAGAACAGUCAUUAAUGAUCCUUCUUACAAAGAGAAUGCUAUGAGGUUAUCAAGAAUUCAACACGAUCAACCUAUAAAGCCCCUGGAUCGAGCAGUCUUCUGGAUCGAGUUUGUCAUGCGCCACAAAGGAGCCAAACACCUUCGGCCAGCUGCUCACAAUCUCACCUGGUUCCAAUACUACUCUUUGGAUGUGAUUGGGUUCCUGCUGACCUGUGUGGCAGCUGCUGUAUUUUUGGUCACAAAAUGUUGUUUAUUUUCUUGUCGAAAAGUUGUUAAAACAGGAAAGAAAAAAAAGAGGGAAUAAAUCAUUUCCAGUGUGAUGAAGGCCUGAAUGGGCAAUCCUUUUCAGUUUCACCACAAUGACCUAAUGAAAAUAUAUCAUGCUUUCAAAAUUUCUAUUUUUUUCUAACUUAGUCCAUAGGUUGGGCCAAGAAUUGGACAAUAUCAUUAACUAGCAAGCAUGUCCCAUUCUUUCUUUUUCUUUUGUCAGAUGGUAUUACCCCCUUCCUCUCACUUUCCUGACAUAGGGACAUUAAUAAUUUUAUGUAUAUUCUAUACAAAAUAUCAAAACUUUAUUUUUAACCCUAAGCAAUAUGCUACUAAUAAUAUGCUAAAUUCUGGGGAAUUAAUAAAAUAUGAGUUAAAUUAGAUGGAUAUAAAGGACACAACGUAGGAAAAUAAAAUUCACAAGAGUCCUCUGGAACAUACAAGUCAGGGAAACAUCAUAGAAGAUUAAUAUGUUAUAAGAAAGGUAGUUAUUUUUUUCAUAAAAUUAAGCCUUUCUGCUUGCCUAAUAUUACUGGGGUCAGAAUAUAAAUUGAUAACUGGGAUAGUACAUCACACUCAGACAAGUCUACAAAUUUCCAUUGAACACAUACAUAAUCAUGACUUAUGUUCCACCUUGGGUACCCUUUAGUGCAAAGGUCUGGGCAUUACCUUCAAACAAAAGUGAACAAUUAAGUCAUCAUUUUUCUCAAGGACAGAGAAUAUAGCAAUAAUUAAAGGUAAACAGAUCACUUUGGAGAAAAUAAUAUGAAAUACAGAAAGAAAUUAGUAAUUUUAUAAAAUUUUAGUUAAUGGUACAAUUAAUAAACUUAAAGUUAAUUCAUUAUAUUUAAAUGUUAAUUCAUUAUAUUUAAAAUCACUAAUGCUCAUAAUAUAUAAUUACUGUAAUCAAGAUUUAGCUUUUUGUCAAAAGACAAAUACCUCUUUACUUGGAAUGUAAGAUCAUUACAUUAUUUUUUGUCUCUAUCAUCUAUAAAUUUAAAUUAAUCAAUUGUUAUCAUAAGAAAAUAAGAUAUUAGCAGAUCUUCUUGCCCCCAAAUAUUAUAGUAAUAAUUUAUCAAUGCAAAAAACUAAUUAAAGGCAAAUGUUCAUAUUUGAAUCAGCUUAGCAUUAAUUUAACAAAUAUAUUAAAGUUUGAACUUUCUUUCCCCUUUAUAAACCUAAUGACAUGUCUAAUUAAAGAUUUAAUUUCAAUAUCUGAUAUGUAACUAAGGAGAUAAAUAAAUGAUAUCCAUUGGAUUACUGAUAA